AUGGUUUGUUUGUUGAGAUAUUUGGCUGAUCUAAAUCCUUCUCCAUGGUUUGUUUGUGGAGACUUUAAUGAAAUUGUUUCUUUAUCGGAGAAGUCUAGUGUUUCUAGAAGAUCUCGGUUGCAAAUGUCCUUGUUUCAGUCUACCCUGAGAGGUUGUAAUCUAUGGGAUUUAGGUUUUAAAGGCCAAAAAUACACUUGGUCUAAUGGAAGGGAUGGAAGGGAUCUCACUCUAGAACGGUUGGAUAGAGUUGUUGCUAAUAGGGACUGGAGUGGGGUGUACAAUGUAGUUGAAGUGGAAGUUUUGCCUAGAUACUGUUCUGAUCAUAGUCCUCUAAUAAUUUCUUUUGAUCCGGCUAGUUGCAAGCCAUGGACGAAAAGUAGGAGAUUUCUUUUUGAAGCCGGUUGGAUGAAGAAUGUGGAGCAUAGAAAAUUGGUGAGGACAGCCUGGAGAAUUAAAAAUCCCACGACUGAUAAAUGGCUUGUUCUCAGAGAGAAGUUAGAUAGCUGUCGAGGCCUGUUAAAAAGUUGGGCUAGGAGUUCUGUUAAUCAGGAGAUGUCGAAUGUAAAAAAGGUGGAGGAGGAUUUACAAAAGGUGCAAAUGGAAGGGGAUCCGAAGAACAUUGUAAAGGAGAAGGCUCUGAAGGCAACUCUUGAUCAUUUGUUGGAGCUAGAAGAUUUAAAAUGGAGGCAGAGAGCUAGAGAAAACUGGUUGAAGUAUGGUGAUAGAAAUACUAAGUUCUUUCAUGCAUGUGCCUCUCAUAGGAAGUGUAGAAAUUAUAUUAAAGAUAUAGUAGAUCUGGAUGGAAAAAGAUGGUCUUCUCAUAAAGGGGUUGAGAGCGCGUUUGUAAGAUUUUUUCAAUGGCUGUACAGGGCUGAAUGUAAUGUGGAGAUUGAACCAUGUAUUAACUCUAUUUCUCCUAAAGUUACUGCUGAGAUGAAUCAUCAAUUGGUAGCCCCUGUUUCCAUGGAGGAAAUUCAACUAGCUCUUAACCAAAUGAAUCCACUUAAAGCCCCUGGUCCGGAUGGUUACCCUGCCUGUUUUUUUCAACAUAACUGGGAGAUUUUGCACCAAGAGGUAUGUGAUGCAAUCAAGUAUUUUUUUGAAACUUGUAGAUUGGAUGCUUCCAUAAAUGCUACAGUUAUUGCUCUUAUUCCUAAAACUCAGAACCCUAAGUCGGUUGUUGAUUUUAGACUCAUUAGCCUUUGCAAUGUGGUGUAUAAGAUUUUAUCUAAAGUUCUUGCUAAUAGGCUUAAGGUAAUAUUGCCCUGCAUUAUUUCAGAGUCUCAAAGUGCAUUCAUUUCUGGUAGGCUUAUUACUGACAACAUUAUUGCUGCUUAUGAGACUAUGCAUACCAUGCAAACUAGAAUGUGGGGUAAAACUGGGCAUAUGGGUAUAAAGCUUGAUAUGAGUAAAGCUUAUGAUAGGGUUGAGUGGCUGUUUUUGGAGGCUGUUAUGUCUAAGUUGGGUUUUGACCCUUUGUGGAUUAAAAUGAUUAUGGUUUGUGUAAAUUCUGUGUCUUAUUCGGUUGUUGUAAAUGUUAAUGUGGCGAAUAAUGUGGAAUGGAGAAGGAUCUUGAAUAUUAUUGAGACUUAUGAGAGAGGUUCGGUACAGAGAAUUAAUGUGAAGAAGACAGCUGUUUUCUUUAGCCGUAAUACUUGUGUUGAUAGAAGGAAGGAGAUUAUUGAUCUUUCGGGUCUUGUGGAAGCAAAUAGAUAUGACUCUUAUUUAGGACUUCCAACCUUGGUGGGCAAAAAUAGGACUGAUGCUUUUAAAAAUAUUAAAGAGAAGGCUUUUCAGAAGUUAAAUAAUUGGAAGUCAAGGUUGUUAUCCUUGGCAGGUAAGGAAGUCCUUCUAAAAGCUGUUGUGCAAGCGAUACCUGCCUAUUCAAUGAGUGUCUUCCUUCUUCCUCUUUUGAGAUGGGGAAAAGACCCUCUUUCAUUUGGCGAAGUUUCAUGGCAGCAAAGGACCUUCUUUCCUUUGGUAUUAACUGGUUGGGGAGAUAACUGGUUGCCUAAUAUUGGUCCUAUGAAUUUCCAGCCUGGGUUGAGUUUGUCUAGUGAUGCAAAAGUGUCUGAUCUUAUAGAUGUUUCUGUUAAGGGCUGGAAUUGUGUUUUAAUUGAUAAAGGUUUUUCUGCUUAUGUUGCAAAUGCUAUUAAAAACAUUCUGUUAUGUCCCUUGUUACCUCCGGAUAAGAUUAUUUGGAAUGGUACUUCAAGUGGGAUGUUUUCGGUUAAAAGCGCCUAUCAUAUGGCCUCAGAUUUGAUGAGACAAAAGAAUGGGGAGUGUUCUUUCAGUUCUGGUAGUCGUGAUUUUUGGAAGAAUAUUUGGGCUAUUAAUGUUCCUAAUGCCUCAAAAAAUUUUCUGUGGAGGGCUUGUCAGAAUGCUUUACCCACCAAACAGAAUUUGUUAAGAAAGGGUGUGGUUGAAAAUGAUAUAUGUCCAUGCUGUCAGUUAGAUGUGGAGUCUGUGAUACAUGCUUUGUGGUGUUGUCCGGGUGCUCAAGAUGUGUGGGGUUGUGGUCCUGUUCUAUGUCAAAAAUGCCCUUCUUCUUUUUCGGACAUGGCAGAACUUGUGUUCACUGAUGCCUCCUUUCUCUUUGAAGAAUACAAAAGGUAUAAUUUGAGGGAGUCUCUGUCUUUGGUUUCCUAUGCUGAUGGGUCAAAUUUUUGUAAGUUAUGGAAACCUCCAGUUGCUGGUUUUCUGAAAGUUAACUGGGAUGCAUCACUGAAUGUAAAAUCUGAAUUGGUUGGUUUGGGUUGUGUGAUCAGAAAUGUGGAGGGCUUUGUUGUUGCAGCAAAAUGCUGUGUUCGUAAGUCUGUUGUGGAUCCGGUUUGUGCUGAAGCUAUGGCUACCUUAGUUGCUUUGGAUUUUUGUUGUGAAAUGGGUUAUGUUAACAUUCAAUGUGAAAGUGAUUCUUUGCAAAUCAUCAAAGGUGUAUGUAAUUCAGAUCACCCCCUUGAUAGAAUUGGGCAUUUUAUAGAUGCCAUUAAACAAAAAGCUGCUGGUUUUUCAGUUUGCAAGUGGAGCCAUUGUUAUAGAGAUGCAAAUGAAGUGGCCCAUAUUCUUGCUAAAAGGGCUUCCUCAAAUGGUAUAUCUCAUGUUUGGGUUGAGGAAAUGCCUUUGUUUAUUUCUUCAGCUUCUUUUAGAGACCUUUUGGUCUCUAGACUGUAA